CGCCGGUGAUGUCCCUAAAUAGAGGAUUAUCAUUCCCUUUAACCAGAUUUCAGAAAACUUAAAGAAAAAGGAGAGAGAAAGAAAGAAAGAAAUCCAUAAUUUAAUCAGAAAUCAAAACCACACCCACUUUUAAGUAGUCUUUUAUUUACUUGUAAAGAGUGAGAGAGUUCAUUUUUUAUACCAGUCGAAAACGACACAGCUAUCAUGUCAUCUAUCAUAUAAUGCAUUUUCUUGCAUAAGGAGGUUGGCUGCUGAGGCCUGAGGUGAUACAAAACAAAAGAAAAGAAAAUGUUGUGUAGAAAGAAAUUGAGUUCUGAUGACGAUACAGGAGGAUCUGUGCCAGUGUAUCUUAAUGUUUAUGAUCUCACUCCAAUUAAUGGCUAUGCUUAUUGGCUUGGGCUUGGAGUCUAUCAUUCUGGGGUUCAAGUUCAUGGUGUUGAGUAUGCUUUCGGGGCUCACGAGUACUCAACAACAGGAAUUUUCGAAGGAGAACCAAAACAGUGCGAUGGAUUUACAUUUAGAAAGACAAUUUUGAUUGGAAAAACAGAAAUGGGGCUUGCAGAGGUAAGGGCAGUAAUGGAGGAACUUGCAGAGGAAUAUAAAGGAAAUGCUUAUAAUUUGAUUACCAAGAACUGUAACCAUUUCUGCAAUGAUGCUUGCAUUAGAAUUACUGGUAAUCCCAUCCCAAGCUGGGUUAAUCGCCUUGCAAGAAUUGGUUUUCUAUGCAAAUGUGUUCUUCCUGCAAAUUUAAAUUCAACAAAAGUCAGCAACCAUAAAAUGGAAGAGAAGGUUGAUGAAACAGAGAAGGAAAAAUUGACAAGUAUGUCCAAUAGAUUUACAUCAUCUUCUAAUUCAUCAUCAUCUUCUUCAUCAUCUCCUUCUGGAAAUCAAAUCCGUGGUAGAAGUAGAAGCAGACGUGCUCUUCCACCAUCUUCUCCCUUGAUUUCUUCAUCACCUUGAUGAUCAUAAAUUUCAAGAAUUGAUCUUUUUUUUCUUUUAUUUCUUGAAAAUUUCCAAAGAAGGGGAGAAAGUUUUUAUUUAUAUUUUCCUUUUAAUUUUUUUUUGGGUUCAUUAUUUUCUGGGAUUAUUUAUGGUGCUAACAUUUUCUUGAGUUAUGCAGGCAUGCAGCACAUAUACGUACGUGUGUAUGCUUUUUUUUU